AUUCCUUUUUUUUCUUGGAAUGCCAUUUGAUUAGAUCCCACCAUGGCAGAUCCAGAUCUUGAUUUCACCAGUGGAGACGCCGGGGCCUCUGUGACGUACCCGCAGCAGUGCAGCGCCCUGCGCAAAAACGGCUUCGUGGUCCUGAAGAAUCGUCCCUGCAAAAUCGUUGAGAUGUCCACUUCCAAGACCGGAAAGCACGGCCACGCUAAGGUUCACCUGGUUGGGAUCGACAUUUUCACUAAUAAGAAGUAUGAAGAUAUUUGUCCCUCCACCCACAACAUGGAUGUGCCCAACAUAAAGAGAAACGACUUCCAGCUGGUGGACAUUAACGAGGGCUUCCUGUCUCUCAUGAUGGACAACGGUGAUGUGCGUGAGGACCUCCGUGUUCCUGAGGGUGACCUGGGCAAGGAGAUUGAAUCCAAACACAGCGCUGGUGAAGACAUGAUGAUUACCGUGCUCUCAGCGAUGGGUGAAGAGGCCGCAGUCGGCAUCAAGGCCUUUACCAAAUAGGAAGAGCGAAAGAGAGAGAGCGAAAGAGAGAGAGACUGGGCUGCUCAGGCUGCAACAUGCACCACAUUAAGAUCUCCUGCUUUUUGGUUUUGUUUCUUCACCAAAGCUCUGGCCUUCACACACCACCUCAUAACUCCUUAGUCUUUUUUGGUGUGUUUUUGUUUGUUUUAAUCCCUGUUCCUCCUUCCAGUUACUCUUCUGGACUUUUUAACAACUUCAUUUCAUUAGCUUAUUGUUUUGGCAUUCUUUCGGAUCAGGUUAUUUUUUAGGUUCUUUUAGGUUAUGAUUAAAUAUUUUUUCAUUCCACUGUUUUGCGAUCAUGAUGUUGGUCUGGCCGUUACAUUCCUGAAUGUUAAAACGGGAUCCAUUUGCCAUACACACACGCGUAUAAAUAAAUAUAUAAAUAUAUACACACAACAUGAUUACUUUGCAGAAUUGAUGCCUUUCAGUGGAACAUACGCGCAAUGCAUUUUAAAGAAGGGGAAGAAACGGCCUUCACUGACACUCAUCAACUUUUAUUCCCACUCACUGCCUUAAGGGUGCCCCCCCCCCCAUUUUAUUUUUAAACCUGUUUUGUCCUGUAUCUGCACUAAGGUCAGUUCUCUUGGUUGAUGCCCUUACCCAAAGUGAGAUGAGUGUCCUGGUAGUUCGCACUUUGUAGUACUUCGAGUACUACUGGAAACACAUUCUUUAGGUUUUUUAUUAGUAGUUUUUUUUUAAAAUUUUUUUUAAAAAGUAAAAUCACUAAGACAGAAAUAAACUUCAUUGGAAUUUCUAACUGCCGGUCUCUAUUGUGACUUGGACAGAAGGGUGUGAGGGCCAUGUGCGAGUACCUCUGUAACGCAAUAGCAGCCUGGUUCUGGCUGUCAGACAACCUUAAAUAAAGUGUUGAAGCCUG